GUCAAAAGUUAGAUCAUAAUAAACAAAAGUUCUAGGAUUUUGUAAGGUUUAAACUAGGUUUUUAGUUAUUUUAAGCCUCAUGAACUUUAUACAUUGUCUCCUAUUUACCUUUAUAGGAUGAAGACAUUCCUCCUGCUGAAACAGUAUAAACUACAGCUUAUAAGACAGUUCAGUGAAGCUAUGUCCAAGCACCGGAUAGCCGUAUGUCAGAUGACAUCAGUAGCUGACAAAGCAGCUAAUCUGGAGAGUGUCAGUCAGCUGGUCAGCAAUGCGGCUAAUGAAAAUGUCAAAAUGAUAUUCUUUCCUGAAGCGUGUGACUACAUUUGUGACAACAAGCAAGACACGGUGAAGUCUGCCGAGUCGAUUGUAGGUGGCAGCACUGUCGACAGUUACAGACAAUUAGCUGUUAAACACAAUGUUUGGUUGUCUAUGGGAGGGCUGCAUGAGCAGAAUAAAGAAGACCCGACUAAAAUAUUCAACACACACAUUAUAAUAAAUAACACCGGUGACAUAGUACAACAGUACAGGAAACUGCAUCUCUUCGAUGUAGAGAUCCCGGAGAGGAAUGUUCGGCUGAAGGAGAGUGACUUUUGUAGUCCGGGAGGCCAUAUUGUGGCGCCUGUGGAGUCUCCUGUUGGGAGAAUAGGCAUGGCCAUUUGCUACGACAUGAGAUUUCCGGAACUGAGCACGGCGCUGACUGUUCUCCGAGCGCAACUGCUGACGUUUCCUUCAGCCUUCACGCAGGCCACGGGCGAAGCUCAUUGGCACACUAUAUUGAGAGCGCGUGCAAUAGAGAACCAAUGUUACGUAAUCGCCGCAGCACAAGUGGGUGCACAUAAUACCAAGCGACGGAGCUACGGGCACGCGCUAUGCGUGGAUCCGUGGGGUCGGGUACUAGCUGAUUGUGGGGAGGAGACAGGGUUCCGAGUGGCCGAGAUAGACUUGGCGCAGUUAGAUGAUGUGCGGAGAAAUAUGCCCGUGUUCAGCCAUAGAAGAAAAGACGUAUACUCCCUGUACACUCUGAGCCUCCGCACCGGGAGCUUAGAGCCGGCGGCCCCGGUCGCUCCGGCGCCGCCACCGAAGCCCCCGGGGCCCUCCAGGCAGUUCGGCCACGUGCAGAUACCAGAGACAUGCGUGUUCUACAGUAGCGAGCUGACUUAUGCCUUUGUGAAUCUGCGAUGCGUGACGCCGGGCCAUGUGCUGGUGGCGCCCCGGCGUUGCGCGGAGCGGAACGGAGACCUCACGGACGAAGAGGCUCGCGAUUUCUAUGCCACUAUACGGCUCGUGCAAAAGUUAAUGGAGAAAGUCCACGAUACAGAAUCGUGUACGGUGACCAUACAAGACGGGCCCGACGCGGGACAAACUGUCAAGCACCUCCACUGUCAUAUAAUGCCGCGGAAGAAAGGAGAUUUCAUACAGAACGAUCUCGUAUACCUGGAGCUCGCGAAACACGACCAGUUCUCGUCGAGCCACCCGGCCAAGCCACCGCGGAGUUUACAAGAAAUGGAGGCCGAAGCGGCCUCGCUGAGAGAAUCACUACUCACUUUGGACACUAAUUGAGAAUUUUACAAACUAUUAACUUGCCUUGUUAAGGGGGCCCACAGAUUACCAGUUCGCCGGACGAUAUAAGCCUGUCUGUUGUUCGGAGCUGUCAAAUUUUGCGUUUAACUUUAUUUUAAUCUUCUGUCGAAAGAUGGCAGUAUCUAAAUUUACUGUGGCUGUGACAUAAUUUACUUUGUCAAUCCGCCUCUAUUUCAAAUUCUCUUUGGUUCAGCUAACACUGCACAAAUUUCCAGUAGGCAGACACUUGAUAGGGUACUUG